AUGGGGUUAGAAGUUCUUGAGGCCCUUGAUUCAGCUCGAACGCAAUGGUACCACGUAACAGCCAUAGUGAUAGCAGGCAUGGGGUUCUUCACCGAUGCCUACGAUCUCUUCUGCAUCUCCACCGUUUCAAAGCUCCUCGGCCGCUUGUAUUACUUCGACCCUUCUUCGCUAAAACCAGGAAAGCUACCACUGAAGGUUAACAACUUCGUCACCGGCACGGCCCUCGUCGGAACUUUGGCAGGCCAGCUAGUCUUCGGCUGGCUCGGGGACAAACUGGGAAGAAAGAAAGUGUACGGAGUCACACUCCUUAUCAUGGUGACGUGUGCCAUAUGCUCUGGCCUUUCUUUCGGUUCAACUUCAAAGUCGGUGAUGACAUCAUUGUGUUUCUUUAGGUUCUGGCUUGGGUUUGGUAUUGGUGGUGACUACCCUCUCUCCGCUACCAUCAUGUCGGAGUACGCAAAUAAAAGGACACGUGGCGCUUUUAUAGCUGCAGUCUUCGCUAUGCAAGGCGUGGGAAUAAUCUUUGCCGGGCUGAUGUCCAUGUUGUUAUCAGCCAUCUUCAUGAGCAACUUUCACGCGCCCACUUAUGAGGAGAAUCGCGUGUUGUCAACGCAGCGCGAGGCCGAUUUCCUAUGGCGGAUAGUACUCAUGAUUGGUGCAGUCCCAGCAAUGCUCACGUACUAUUGGAGAAUGAAGAUGCCUGAAACUGGAAGAUAUACAGCCAUAAUAGAAGGUAAUGCAAAGCAAGCUGCUGCUGACAUGGCUAGGGUUUUGGACAUUGAGAUCCAAGCGCAACAAGAUAAGAUAGCGGAUUUCAAAGCGGCGAACGAUUAUCCCUUGAUGUCCAAUGAAUUCUUCCAGCGUCACGGUCGUCACUUAAUUGGAACCAUGUCUACCUGGUUCUUGUUAGACAUUGCAUUCUACAGCCAAAACCUUACUCAAAAGGACAUUUUUCCAGUAAUGGGACUCAUACCAAAGGAGCCUAAGAUGAAUGCUAUACAAGAAGUGUACCAGACCUCGCGUGCAAUGUUCGUGAUUGCCUUGCUUGGAACCUUCCCUGGAUAUUGGUUCACUGUGUUCUUCAUUGAGAGGCUUGGUCGCUUCAAGAUACAACUCAUCGGUUUCUUCAUGAUGUCUUUCUUCAUGUUCAUCAUUGGUGCCGAAUAUAACUAUGUCAAGGCCCACAAGAAUGUUUUUGCUCUUCUUUAUGGCCUGACGUUCUUCUUCGCCAACUUUGGGCCCAACAGCACCACCUUUGUUCUUCCGGCUGAGUUGUUCCCCACGCGCGUGAGGAGCACGUGUCACGCGCUUAGCGCCGCGUCGGGGAAGGCCGGCGCUAUGGUGGGGGUAUUUGGAAUACAGAGCCUCACUGUGGAUAAUGAGGUAGGGCAAAUCCGAAAGGCAAUGCUGCUUUUAGCAGUAACCAAUUUGGUAGGCUUCUUCUGCACGUUCUUGGUUACUGAGACAAAGGGACGUUCUCUAGAAGAGAUUUCUGGUGAAGAUGGUGGUGAUAGCGAAUUCACGGCAACACCACCUGUUGGUAGAGUUUCUAUGACACGACAAAGAUCCGAAGAAACAAUGUGA